UCAGAGACUAAAUAAUCUUUACUUACAACUUUGUGAAGUGGGCGAAAUCAGUUAUCUCACCUGGAAAUCAAUUUUCAGUGCAGUAAACAAGAACAAAAGAAACAAUCUUCUCUCUAAUAUCAGUGAAUGUUGUGAAAAAUGGAAAAGAUUUAAAAAUGGAAACAUACUUGAGUACAAAAGAGAUUGCAAUGUUACUCUUUAAAUAAUUUUACUAUGAAGCAGAUUUUAACCUUACGAAAAGAACUCUUCAAGGCGUGUGUUGGUGAAACUGCAGUAAAUGAUCUUCCACCGCAAUUAUUUGUGCUUCUUGAAACAGUCAAGAUUGGUAUUAAUCCAAUCAUACUUGCAAAUGUACUUAAGUCGAUAAUUCCAGAGAAUUCUGUGUAUAUAAAAGGCGAGGAUGUUCCAGGGUCACGUCCGACACCAUCUACGCCUAUACAAAGGCAAAAUUCAUUUGAAGUGCUUGCUUCUGCUAAAGAGAUUAUAGAGUCUGUGGGUUAUGAUGAAGAUUAUAUACUUGCUGCUUUGCAAGUUUGUGGUCGAAAGGCAACGGAGAAUAAUCUUGUUGAAUGGGUUUUUGAUUGCAAUGAAGAUGAAGACACAAUCUUCGCUUUAUCACAAAAAGCAAAAGAAAAUCCCCAUCUUUCUGAUCUUGUUACGAAAAUGCUUAGCACAGACCCUCACAUUGAACAUGACAUUACUCUUUCCACCAGAAAAAAUGAUAAAAAAGAAUCUUUCCACGUGAAUAACGAGGACACGAAAUAUUUAUCUUUGGACAAUUUAGCUGCUGUGCUGGAAAAGAUUUCAGAAAAAGAAUGUAGUCGCAUUGAUCGUCAAUUUCCUACAGUUUUUAAAGAAGAAGAGCCAAAUCUAUUACUUGUGUCCAAAGGUGAAGUUUUUGGAUGCGUGCUGUCUCUUUUCAUGGGAUUUGAAAACGAAACGUUACCAAGUGACGAAGAGGUGGUUGUUUGUGACGAGAACACGACAUUAGAAGAGGUUGAGCUACUUUGGCGACGAGCUGUAGGUGAUGAUACUGGUCGAUUGUUUUGUCUUGUUAAUGCAGAUCUUUUGGACUUUGACGUCAGUCAGGAAGCAUUACGUUUACUUGAAUCGUUGACUCAAGAAAAACAAAAAUAUCGUUUGGUGGUGGUAUGCAGCAUAGAAAACGACAAAUCAAAUAUAGUGAAAACAUUAGAUCAUUAUCGACGCUCACUUCCUCCACUAACGUCAUUGGAUUGUAUCCAAAGAUAUCUGAAAGAAAAAUUUUUAUAUCAACCUAAUCUUAAUGACCACGUUUGUACAGCAGCAGCUAAUGUAGAUCGAGAAAAGUUAUUUGUGCGUUUUAUCAAGUCAUCAAGAGCAGGCAUGGGAAAAAGUUUGAUUGUAAAACGUCUGACUAAACAAUUAGAAAGUAUUUUAAACAACGAAAGGGAACAUUCCGGAAACAUCAAAUCACCAUUAUGCUGUACUAUCCCAGUCCAUGGUGUGUGUGUUAACGAAAAUGAGAUCACUCGCAACUUUUUUUCACAUAUGUCAGAAGGAGAUGCUCCUGUUUCCAGAAUUUUUCAUCUAGAUAUUUCUCAAUCGGUAUCAAAAGGACUUGAUGAUAUUCUAUUUAAACUAUUGAUUCUCGGAUCAAUCAAAGAUAACAAUGGAAACAUAUGGCGAAGGAAAACAACGGAUUUGUAUGUUGUUGAACACACAACCGACGAGACAUUUGUGAUGCUAACGUCUGAAAAUUGUUCAAGAACUCAAAUUCAGAAUUCGCAAAAUCGACAGUCAAGCGGCAAGUAUUCGUUUAUGAAGUUUUUACCAAGCAUCCAUUGUCUUUCACCAAGGGAAACACUAACAAACAUGGAAUUCCAAAGGGAUGGAGACACGAGCUUCGACAAGGUUAAAUUCAACAGUGAAGAAUAUCAAAGAGCAUUCGAAUAUUUAUUGCUUACAUACACUGAUCAUAACUUGGACAAUUUUUCAUAUAUCAAUGGUCCUCUUGUAAGCAAUCCGGUCAGCGUUUUAACUAUUUUAAUUGAAUGCUGUGGAAUAAGUGAUCCAUCUUGGACAGAACUUCAUCACUUUGUAAACUUUUUAAAUGUUCAAUUGCGUGAUUGUGAGAAAAGUGUUUUCUGCAACGCUAAAUUAGUUCGGGAUGUGUUGCAAGGCUUUAAAACAUUUGUUGUUCGCUUUAUGAUACAAAUGUCAAGGGACUUUGCUACAAGAUCGUUAAUGGAUUCCAAUUUAAAUGUUGAUGAAACUUCUGAAAAAGAGAAUGACGAUCUACAACGCUUCCAAAUUCACCGACGUUGGGAAAUAAGUCCUCAUCCGUAUAUUUUCUUCCACCAUGAUCAUAACAGCAUGACAUUUUUGGGAUUCUUUUUGAAUAAAAACGGAGAUUUGCUGGAUCCUGGAAGUAAUAGAAUUUUAAAACAUGGCUUGAUGUCACCAACUUUAAGAAGACAACUGAGGGCCCAAGGGGUAGAUUUUGAUGUAAACUACGAAAGAAGUGAACGACCAGAACGAAUUAAUCACUUAUGUAAAGUCAUGGGAAUUGACCAUCCAUUUGAUCCUGAUCCAACAUACGAGCUUACAGAUGACAACAUGAAGAAAAUCUUGGCUAUUCACAUGCGAUUUCGAUGUGGUAUUCCCGUCAUUGUGAUGGGGGAGACAGGUUGUGGUAAAACAAGUUUGAUACGGUUUAUGUGCCAGCUACAAGCCGGACUUAAUGGAUCUGAAAACCUAAUUCUCAUGAAGGUUCAUGGCGGAACAAGCUACAAGGAAAUAGAAAAGAAUGUCGCCGAAGCAGAAAAAUUGGCUUUACGUAACCAAAGCAUAAAUGUUGACACAACUUUGUUCUUUGAUGAAGCAAAUACAACAGAUGCAAUCGAUCUGAUCAAAGAGAUAAUGGUUGAUCGGCGAGUGAAGGGUCGAUAUAUCGAUCCAACGUUGACUGGACUUCAUUUUAUUGCAGCGUGUAAUCCGUACAGGAAACACACUGACGAGAUGAUUAACAAAUUGGAGUCAGCUGGUCUGGGUUACCAUGUUUCUGCCGACGAGACUGAAGAUAAACUAGGCUCCAUUCCUCUUCGCCAGCUCGUGUAUCGUGUCCAUCCUUUACCUGAAAGUAUGAGACCUCUUAUUUGGGAUUUUGGUCAGCUCUCAGAUGACACUGAAAAACUGUACACCAAACAGAUAGUAGAGCGCUAUGUAAACGUUCCUUCAGUUACAUCUACUUUAUCAAAGGAGAAAAUAAAUGGAACUGAUGCUCAAAUCUUAUGUAUUGCUAACAUUUUGUCAGCCUCUCAAGAAUUCAUGCGUGAACAAAAGAAUGAAUGCAGUUUUGUCAGUCUUCGUGAUGUUGAAAGAUCAAUGACAGUUAUCACCUGGUUUUACAACAAUUAUGAUUUAAUGAGGGAUAAUAUUCUGCACUCUAACGAGCAUCUACGUGAUCAAAAAACCCCUUAUGAUUCCAGCGAUAGUGAAGAAGAAGAAAAAGAAGAAGAUGAAGACCUCCUUCCUUUAAAUCGUAUCGUGUUUUCCAUCGUCCAAGGUAUUGGUGUUUGCUACUAUGCACGACUAAAUGAAAGACAGUCGUAUUGCAAAUACAUCAGCGAGUAUUUUGACAAUUCAUGCCCACUUCCUGGAGGUUUCACAAGAUUGAUAAAUGAAAUAGUAAAGUGUCAGCGAGCGUUUUCGUGCAAUGUGAAACUCGACCAGAAUAUUGCAAGAAAUACUGCGCUUUGUGAAAAUGUAUUUAUGAUGGCGAUAUGUGCAGAACUACGACUCCCACUGUUUGUAGUCGGUAAACCAGGCAGCUCAAAGUCUCUAGCAAAAUAUGUAAUUUCAAGUAACAUGCAAGGUGGCAAUUCUAGUAGUGAACUGUUUAAGAAGUUAAAACAGAUUCACAUGCAGUCGUAUCAAUGCAGUCCCUUGUCUACACCUGAUGGCAUCAUUUCCAUUUUUAAACAAUGUUUCCAACUUCAGAAAGACAAAGAUUUGAGCAAGUUUGUCUCCGUAGUUGUGUUAGACGAGAUUGGUUUAGCUGAAGAUUCAAAAUUGAUGCCACUGAAGACACUUCAUCCAUUACUUGAAGACGGUACAGCUACUUCGGAAGAAUAUGGAAAAGAGCUUGAUCAUAACCAUGUAGGAUUUAUUGGUUUAUCUAACUGGGCGUUGGACCCUGCCAAAAUGAAUCGUGGAAUAAUGUUGAGUAGAGGAACACCAAGCGAAACCGAACUUCUGGAUAUUGCAAGGGGUAUAUGCUCAUGGGAUGAGGAUGAUGAUAUUGACGAAAUCAUGAAAAAGUUGUGCGAUGGAUAUUUUGAUUUGUAUGAAGAGCAAAAAGAAUCAAGAACUUUAAAAAAUGCUCAAAAGGACGAAUUCUUUGGUCUCAGAGAUUUUUACAGCCUUGUAAAGAUGGUAAAUGAAUCAGCCAACAUUACUACGAAAGGCGCUCGGAUUGACAAUACUGAAUUAAAGCAUUGUAUUCUGAGAAAUUUUAGUGGCUUAGACGAUGUUGAUCCAGUUGAGAUAUUUAGUCGGCAAUUCCGAGGACUUGAGCAUAUAAAGAAUCCUUCAACGGAAUGUCUUCCCAUAAAUCUUAUUCAUGACACUUUGAGAAGAACAGAGAAUAGAGGAGAAAGUCGUUACUUACUAGUCUUAACGGAAAAUUACGCAGCGUUGAGAUUACUUCAAAGUCACGAUUUUCGUGAGCAUGAGCCGGAAGUGAUUUUUGGCAGCAGUUUUCCAAAAGACCAACAAUACACACAGAUUUGUCGAAAUAUAAACCGUAUUAAAGUGUGCAUGGAAACAGGAAGAAUGGUGAUUUUACUUAACUCGAAAAGUCUUUAUGAAAGUCUUUAUGAUGCUUUAAACCAGUAUUACUUGUAUCUUGAUCAACAAAAGUACGUCGAUCUUGGCCUAGGAAACCAUCGAGUCAAGUGCCGUGUUGCUGAUAAUUUCAAAUUAAUAGUGAUUGCUGAAAAAGAUGACGUUUACCAACGCUUUCCAAUCCCCUUAAUCAAUCGUCUAGAAAAACAUUUGCUAGUAAUGUCAACUGGCUUGACUAAACAUCAAAAAUAUUUAGUUGAAGAACUUAAAAAAUGGGUCAUACGUUUCUCCACAAUGACGACCAAAAAAUCAUCACAAGAAAGUUUAUUUGGACCAGGUGAUUGUUUUGUUGGCUAUCACAGCGACACUGCAGCCACUGUCGUACUUCAAAACUACAGCAAGGAUUACUCUGAUUCUAAAGUACUUGAAGAGUCAAAGAAUAUCCUCUUGCAAUGUGCAUCUCCCGAUGCAAUUGCCAGACUCACAGUAUCACAGUUGAAACAUGAUGCUUGCGAAAUUCAUGAAGAAUAUUACAAAAACCAACAACACGGUACUUUAAAGAAUUAUUUGGUUGAUUGUUUUCAAACAAAAGGCAAUACUACGACGUGUGGUUAUCUUGUUCAGGUAACAACACACUCGCGACUCUUGUCGGAGAAAAAUGCUUUGAGAAUAGCAGCUGAAGCUGGUUUUCCAGGCUGGAAAUCUCGAUGUAUUCGACUUCAAGAAUUUCAAACGGAGCAACAAUUUGUCAGAACUUUGGAAAACUUUUUUGUCAAACUUGGAGGAGAAAAAGGACUUCUAUUGGUUCAAUGCGAUGACAGAGAGAGAAACUUCAAUCUUAUUGCAUGUAGUCGUUAUCUCCUUGAUCAAACUCGACGCAAGAUUUUGGAAAUGUUCAAAGAGCACACAAAUCCUAUUCACAUUAUUUUUAUCAUCCAGUUGCCCAAAAUUUCUGGUGGCUGCCAUCAUUUUGUUGAGUUUCAAGGAGGAAAAUGGCAAUGUGUCCAUAUUGACGAGCUUCUUGAGACAAAUGAACAAUUGCCGCAACUUGAACAACUUGUUAAUCAUUCUGUUAGUGAUCUUUUUAACUUAAAUGAAAGCAUUGCACAGAAUAUAGAGGAGAAUUUGGAUGAAAAAAAUAGACGCCUGACACUCCUGUUGAAGAAAUACUUGCAGUCUGCAGCUGCUAGAGUUUUUGACGAAUCAAUUGACGUUUUGAGAACCACAAAGCGAAUUGAGAUAUUAGAGAAAUGCUUUGCUGAAACAGACCUAUCAACAAUUUUCGUUUUUCGAAUUCAUAAAUUGCUGCAUGAGGGUGAUGAGAGAUGGUUAUCUGACCAAAAACUCUGGGUUCAAGAAGAAGCGUUGUCUCAAGGACAUCUACAGGAGACUGGUACAUUUAGAAAAGCUUUAUGUAAAAAGAUAUCGUCAAUUGUUUCUCCUAUUUUGUCGGAAGUUAUCGCUUACUGUGAUCGCAAUCAUAACCUUAACUUGCUUCUUGAAGAAAACGUUUGGACAAGAAAAUUAUGGCUUGAAAUGUUAAAGGAGGAUAACAUUACCACAAUGACUUAUGAAUCAUUCAUUUCCCCUGUAUCUGGUAGGAUAAGAGAACGAGCAACUGUGUUAAGCAGUGGAGUUGGACAUCGUUUUGUAGGAAAGUUUCCAUUCUCCUGGAUAAUUAAAGAUAUUGUUCAAGAUCUAUUGUUGAAAGUUGGCGGAGAUAUCACAAAGAGAUUGGAGUCAUUAAGAAGCAUUUUUGAUGCUUCUCCUUUGGGAAUAUUGAAGAAAUUGGCAUUUGAAGGUCAGGAUGUUAAGGAGAAAGCAGCGAAAAGUUAUUUGGAUGACUUUUUACACAUGAUGUAUAAACCAGUCGUGGAAAAUGAACUGAAGUUGAUACACGAAGCAGUACUUGCAACGUCUGGGCAAAUACAUCAGACUUUCCAUAAAAAUUAUGAAUUUCAAUUGGAUAUUCCUCUCAUUCAUUUUGCCUAUUCCAUGAUUCAAGAACGUUUGCUGAAUUUCUCUGAACUUGUUCAUGCAUUUCCUCAACUGGUAGAAAAACUUAUGGAGUCUACAUUACCAAUUAAUGAUUCAGAAUUGUGCCUGGAUGCUCUGGCUCUUCAUUACUGUCUAAAAGAACUGGAACCUAAUUUAAAUGAUUUUAAAAAUCUUUAUAAGCGCAAGAAAUGGUGUAAUCAAGUUCAAUGUCUACAUCCAAUUAUUCAAGAUAUGAGAACGUCAAUUACAGAAAGUGGGAAGUCAAACAAUGUUACUAUUUUUUUGUCAAAAGAAUCUUCGCAGAAUUUGGAAGGUUCUUGGAUCAUGUUUACACGUUUGGAUGUUGUGCGUAUGUUUAUUGAACACACUUAUCCACCUGAGGAUUUGAAUCAUACUGAUGAUGGUUCCAAUGCUUUAAAAUUAUGGAAGGAAUUGGGUGAAAGUCCUGUCUUUACUUCACUUCAUACUAUAGAAGUUAUUGAUAAAUUUUUGAAAGAAUGCAGUGAAGACUUACAAAAACGAGAAAUAAAGCUUUCUUUGGAAGAAUGGAAAAGCUUUCGUAAUCGCUUCAAAUCCUUUUUCAUGAAUGUUGUCUCUGUUUAUUGCUUUGGUGAUGAUUUACCACAAGAAGAACUUUUGCGGAAGUUCAUGUCUUAUGUGAUUAAAGAUGGAAACGUAACUGAAGAUUUCACUCAUUUUGAUGGUCACGGCAUUGAUGUUACUCCAGUUAUAAGAUCAUACAUUUUACAGCAACUUUUUUCAAUCAAAGGAAGAGAAAGUGAAGUUUAUAAGUGUUUAAAAGAAUAUCUCAGUGAUUCUAAAGGCCAUUCAACCAACAAGAAACAUUUGAUGAACGUUUGCGUGUUGUUUGUUUAUUGUAUCGAGGAUUCUAUAAUUGGUGAAUUAUUACGAAAAAAACAAACAAAAGAAAAAGGAAAAAUUCUUGAAAUUAAAAAGAUGCACGAAAUCCUUAAUCGAACACUGAAGAAUUUUCAAAAAUGGGAAACUCUGGACAUUGACAGUCUUAAAGAUAUUGCUGAAAUACGGGCUGCAUUAAGUGAACUUUCUACAUUUAUAAAUGACGAUCUUUCCGACAACUUAAACAGCAAUUCUCAACUUAGCAGUUGCCUUGAGGCUGCUAAACAUUUGUGUAGCGAAGAAAAGCUAUCUGCUUUACACUUAUUCCUACUAAAACAGUUAAUGCAUAAUGAUCCAAACGGUUUUGAUGGAGUGAAAGAAAGGUGUAAAAACCCAGAAUUGAAAUGGAUUUUGCCUCCACAUAUCGAGAAGCAUGAGAAAACACUGGACAGUUUUAUAGUUCAUGACGAGGACUAUUACACUGUGCAAAAAGCUAUUGGCAAAGGAAUAAUGACAUCGAACUAUGAAGAAAUGCAGUCGACUUUAAACAAAAUGACCUGUGAUGCUCCAAAUCGGUUUUGUUAUAUUUUACUGGCAUUUUAUGGCGAAGUUAUAAACAAAUUUCCUUCCGGGAACAAAGCAGAUCGGAUUUCCUUAGAGAUGGUGAAUAAGGAACUUGGAGAAUGUGUAACUGAACAUGAGCUACCUCUUGCAAAGAAUCUAUUAGAAAAUUUCAACAAAAGUCCUUAUGAGCAUCUUCUUCAGCUACACAGUGGACAAACUUUAAUUGAUAGACGUUUAAAAGAAAUCUUGAUUCAUUUCCUUGUUGUUAUGAGUUGUUUUCCAAAUAAUCAACUUUUGGCUCCAUUAUCAAACCUUGCUUUCAAUCCAGAAUCAAUGAGGAAUGCUUAUAUUCCCACUAUGCCUCACGAUGAUGGUCCCGAGGUCAUAGAUGUUGGCUAUGGUACAUCAAAUGAAAGCAAUAACGCACAUCAUCACGUCAUAACAGAGUGUGGAGAGUACAAAGAAACGUAUAAUUCCCUAAAUUCGGGUGUUGCAAUUGAAGAGGAAAAUUCUCAUGCACAUCGAAGUAGUACUGGCCACAUUUUAGGACGUGUUCAAAACCAACCGCCAAGUACACAAAGAAAUUUGAACUCUUUAUCAUGUUCUGUUUUACGUUGUUUGACACAUGUGGCUAUGUUGUUGGGAACAACUCCAGACCAAAUUCAGAAUAUUUCAGCUAUUGUCAUACCACCUGUUGAUGAUGUCGUUAAAUUCAUAAAAGACCAUAUAAAAAAUGAUCUCCGUUGUAUUGCAAAACUGGUUGGUACAAAUGUCGAUGAAGCUGCUGUGAUCAUUCAUCUGAUUUUUGUAGAAAUCGUAAAAAAUAAUCACGGAAACAUCGAUUUCUCUCAGAAUGAUUUGUCAAGUAAAGAAACAAGACAAACGUGGGAAAAUGCGUUUAUGAACACUUAUUUGAACCCUGUUCUAUCAGUUGUUUCUGAGUUGUUAAGAGAUGCCUUAAAUAAAAUGAUCAGUGAUGAAAGACUGGAAAAUAAUGAGCUCUUGAAAUUAAUCUAUGAAUUAGAUGAACCGAACUCUACUGUUGUUAAAACACUCGAUCCUUCAUGUCCUGCAUUGUGGAGAAAUCGCAAGAAAAUCACCAUUGAACAUUUGUCCUUUAAAUACAAGAAUAUUCUCAAGGUGUCACAGUGCCAACAGACAAGUGUGAAAUACUUGAUGAAUUUCUCAAAAGAGUCUUCUUCAGUUUUCUGUAAUUACUACAAAAAUCUAUAUUGA